AUCAGCAGCACCAGUCUGGUCGACCACAUUCUCUUCCCCACAGGUGACCGCGGGGAGGCUGCCACCGGCCAGAUGUGGUGCGGAAGGGCCACGGCCUUGCUCCGGGUGUCGGGGUUAUGGCCGACAGGGGUGCUCGGGAGGAGACCGCUAAACUGCAGUGCUGCGUCACUGGCGGGAAGCAACUCCCUCCGGUGUUGGAACUGCGGCGGCCUAGGGGGCCCCUUGCGGGGGGACCGGUUCUUCUGCCCUCAGUGCCGCGCGCUGCAGCCACCUGACCCCACGCGAGACUACUUCAGCCUCAUGGACUGCAACCGCUCCUUCAGAGUUGACACUGCGAAGCUCCAGCAUAGGUACCAGCAACUACAGCGUCUUAUCCACCCAGAUUUCUUCAGCCAGAGGUCUCAGACUGAAAAGGAUUUCUCAGAGAAGCAUUCGACCCUUGUUAAUGAUGCCUAUGAGACCCUUCUGGCCCCCCUGAGCAGGGGACUAUACCUUCUAAAACUUUGUGGAGUAGAGAUUCCCGAAGGGACAGAUUAUAACAUGGACAGUCAAUUCCUCAUGGAAAUAAUGGAAAUCAAUGAAAAACUUGCAGAACCUCAAGGUGAAACUGCCAUGAAAGAGAUGGAAUCUAUUGUCAGAGCUAAACAGAAAGAAUUGACUGACAAUGUGAGCAGAGCUUUUGAAAGAGCACGGCAUGUGGGAUCUUAGUUGCUAGACCAGGGAUCGAACCCCUGCCCCCUGCGUUGGAAGCAUGGAGUCUUAACCACUGGACCGCCAAGGAAGUCCUGAGCAAACAUUUCUGAUUGGGGGAAUAAAUUAAAAAGACUUUCUGAGACAUGGCUUCUGAGUCAGUGGAAUUACUUAUUUUUCCCCUCUCCCAAAUUCUUUCCCUUUUAGUCUAAACUCCAAGUUUAGCUGGCCUUCUGAAUCCAGGAACCCUUUCAAGUGUUCCCUGACAAAGCCUUAUGGGAGGGAUGCUUCUAGACCUCUGAAAGGUUAACCUAUUGGGGUUAAAGUUUCUGACUGAAUAAAGGAAAUUAAGCACCCACCUCCUAACCCCACAUCGUUCUUAACAUGGCAUCAGAACAAGUCGGAAGUUUUGACUAAUUUGUGACUGUUCCAGUGUCAAAUAGGCCUGGUGUUAUGGACUGAAU